CUGAAACGUUUGUUUGAUUAGUUGUUUUAAGGAAAUUGUCAGUAAAUUUAUUUUAUCGAACACAAUUCUGUUUUUUUUUUUAAUACAAACAUAUUGUGAUUAUUUUGUGCAUGGAGGGCUUGAAAUGUCUCAGCACGGUGCUGCUUUACAAGCAUAUAAUCAAGAACUUGUGAAGUGUUUAGAAGAAAUGAAAUCAAGGCGUACAGAAUUGCAAGCUCAAAUUGAGUCACAGGAGGAAGAGAAAAAUAAUUUGCAAAGAGAAAUAGAAAAAUUGUCUUAUAAAUUAACACGAUUAAAUGAUAGUUUAACUAAAAGGAUAGCUGUUAGAAAUGAAUAUGACAGAACCAUUGCUGAUACAGAAACAGCAUAUAUAAAGAUUUUGGAGAGUUCACAACUUUUACUAAAUAUGAUUAAAAGAGAAGCUACGAAUUUAGAUCAAACAUUAGUUAAAGCAAACAUGGAGAAACAACAAUACAGACUAUAAAUACACAAUGAAAAGUAUAUGGAA